UCGGGACGGCUCCAAGAUGGCCGCGCGCUUGGGGUCCGAACCUGCUGGCGGCCCCGAGCCCCGUUCACUGCCACCGCUGCUGACCAGAGCCGCCGGUCGGCCCGGCGUCUCCGGGGGCUGACCACGCGGGGCGGGAGGCCGCCAUGGCGACCCUGGAAAAGCUGGCGAAGGCCUUGGAGUCCCUCAAGUCCUUCCCGUGGCCGCCGCCACCGCCUCAACCCCCUCAACCGGCACCGCCGCCGCCUCAGCCCCCUCAGCCGGCACCGCAGCCUCAACCGCCGCCGCCGCCCUCCCAGGGCCCUCAGCCGGCACUGCGGCCUCAACCGCUACCGCCGCCGCCUCAGCCCCCUCAGCCGGUACCGCCACCGCCUCAGCCCUCUCAGCCGGCACCGCAGCCUCAACCGCCACCGACGCCCGCCCAGCCGUGGGUCAGGAGCCGCUGCACAGACGACAAGUGUGUUAUUCUGGGAGAUCAUCAGGACUUCUGGGUAUUUGGAGGUACUGACCUAACCAGUGGAACUGCUGAUUUAUAAGAAGUUGUCCAGAAUUUUGGAAAACUGAUUAGUAGAGGCUGGAGACCGAGAAGAACUACCAUUUUUGCCAGCUGGAAUGCAGAAAAAUUUGGACUUCUGGGUUCCACAAAUGGGCUGAUGUAACUGAGACAGAAAACGUAUCUUCUUGGUCAACAUGUAUCUCAGGCUCUGUCAUAAUGGAAACUCUGCAGCAGAUUCAGCUGUCAUCUGUCCCAUGUGGCCAAGUGCAGAGGAGAAUGUGAAAACACUCCAGGAGAGAGAGGUUGCAUAUAUCAAUGCAGACUCAUACACAGAAGGCAAUUAUACUUUCAGAGUUGACUGUACACCCCUUCUUUUCCAGUUGGUAUAUAAACUGACAAAAGAGUGGAGGAAUCAGACAUCAUUCAUCUGUAGAAAUGCUAUUGGUUGCUGAGGGCUCAAUCCCGAACUGGAUGAUUUGAUUUAGAGACAUUUGGCCCAUUGGCUUCACCACCAAUUCAUCCAUCCCUGAGUGAAGGUUUAUUUAAUGCUUUUGGUGAAAAUCAUGACAGCCACAUAGAUUUUAAGGAGAUAUCCUGUGGGUUAUCAGCUUGUUGCAGAGGACCUCUGGCUGAAAGACAGAAAUUUUGCUUCAAGGUAUUUGAUGUUGACCGUGAUGGAGUUCUCUCUAGGGUUGACCUGAGAGACACGUGGUUGCACAUUUAGAGGUCUGGAAGGACAAAUGCACCGAUGAUACCCUGGAAUUACAUGUGGAUCUAUCCUACAUUGUAGAAGACACAUAGAAUGCGCAUGAUACCACAAAGAAUGGCCAUCUUAACUCUAGAGGAAUAUCAGAUCUGGAGUGUGAAAAAUGUUCUUGCCAAUGAGUUUUUGAAUCUACUUUUCCAGGUAUUUUUAAGGUAGGUGACAGAGACCGAGGGCAGUGAUACCAGUAGUUCUACAUCUUUUCCAUUAUGUAGUAGUUAGACAACUAGACUACAAAACCAUAUAUUGUCAAAAGAACUGCAUUAACCUGUACACCACCUGCAGAUUGUAAGUUAGAGCGUGCGUGCUUCUCAGAGUCACAAUAUGCAUGAUAGGAAAGUAGAGUAUAGCUGAUAAUGUUUAUCUUAAUAACUCAUGAUAGAGCAGAUUGUAAACACAUAGAAAAGAAUUUAAAAUGUAAAAGCCAUUAUAAUUUGCUAUUUUUCUUUACUUUGUUUUUUUAAGACCCUUCCUAACAAGUAAGGCAGUGUGGACAGAGACAUAGAUCAUAAGUCGGCAGCUGUAAAUUUUUCACAAAGUAUACAAUCUUUCCAGUUAGGAGGUUAUUUUAGAUGCAAAGCUGUUUCUUAAUUUUCUUUUUUUUUUUUCUUUUUUUUAAUUUAAUUCUUUAGAAGGCCCAAAAAAGAUUGAAGGAGAAAGGAGGAAAGAAAAGCUGUCAGGGGUGAACAUGAAAUCAUAAAACUUGCCAGAUUUUAACUAUUUUCCCAGUUAAAGUAGUUCUCUUUGCUCCAAUUUAAAGAAACAACUUAUAGUUUCCCAUUUUUCAUAGUUCUUCAUAAAUAUAUGUUGAUUUAAUAGUAUUUUACAGGGUGUGAGUAGGGACAGACUGGAAGUUCAAGAUUUGUAAAUACUGACAGGUAUAUAUAGACUAGAUAAACAAUUUUAUACUGUAUAGCACAGGGAAAUAUAUUCAAGAUUUUGUAGUAGCUCAUGGGGAAAAAGUAUGAAAACAAAUAUAUGUAUAUUCAUAAAGUACUGAAAAAUUGUGCUGUACACCAGAAAUUGACACAACAUUGUAAACGGACUAUAACUCAGUAAAAAAUAAAAAUAAGAUAAAACUGUUAGAACACUAUAAAAAAAGUAGUAUUUUAGAUUUUUCUUAUUUUAUUCUCCUUUUCUUAUAAAAGCAUCCCUAUGAAGAUCAAUAAGGCUUGAUAUCUUUAUAUCUAUCAUGAUCCUCCAUUGUAAAUACAGAGUAACCUGCCUGUGACACAGCUAUGUUAGAAUAAAUGAAAACUGAACUCUUCCUGACAGCUAAUAAUUAAUGUAUAUUUAAAGCAUAUGAAAUCUGAUAAGCCUAUGAUACCCAUUUAAAUCAAUCAGUUGCUCCACUGUCAGUUAUCAGCGAGGAUCUAAGUUGAUGUCUUUAUAAAAUAUAAAUAGAUAUAAAAAUAAUAUAAACCUACUAUAAACAGAAAUGACUUGCUUAGUAAUACGAAAAUUGAUCAGCUAUUUUUAUCUCAUUUAAAAUGAUGUCCUCAAUGACUUUAAGUUAUCAUUAAUUAUAUAAACAUUUUGACCACUUAAGUUUGUGUCUGAGUCACCUUGCAGAUCUUACAUAGCAAAGCAUUUUGAACUUUUAUAUUGCCUUUCCUAUUUUCUCAUGUUUAUCAGGGACUUGCAUAGGCACUAUUUUUUCUAGGACUCUAUAAACAGAUGUAUGCCUGAGAUUUUCUUUUGUGUCUGUGUUUCUAGCAUUAUAUUACUAACAAAUUUUUUUGUUUGUUAUCAAUCUAAUUUUUUUUCUUGGUAGAUAUAGUCCUUUCAGCCCUUUCAAAUAUAUAUAUAUGUAGUCAGUUUACCAUUUUGUGUCAAUUUCUGGUGUACAGCACAAAGCUUCAGUCAUACAUGAACAUACAUAUAUUCAUUUUCAUACUCUUUUUCACCAUAAUUUACUACAAAACAGUAUUGGAUAUAGUUCCCUGUGCUACACAGUAUGAACUUGUUUAUAAAUUGGGAGUUUGAGAUUUGCAUGUACUAAAUAUUAACAUUACAUUUUAUGAUGCUUACUUUAUCCCAUAUUCAGACAUGCUUUUAAAACUUAAUUUUCACUUAAUAUAUAAGUAAUCUGACUUACUCUAAAUUAUUUUAUUUUCUGUCUGUUUCUAAAAUAGAAUUAGCUAGUAAAUUCAGUGAUAAAUGCUUGAAUUAUACUUUUAUUUUAUUUGCCAAGAUCCCACUCCUGGCUGACCAUUUUGGGUAUUUAAGUAUAAAGUAAGUAAAUGUCAGUAGAAUUAGGAAACCAUUCCUGUGGUAAUAUUAUUUUCAGUCCUUUCAAAUAAGCUCAGUGCCCAAUAUUUUGCAGAGGAAGCAUUCUACACAUGAUCAGGAUUUCUAUCUUGUACGUUUGUCAGAAAGCUUCAAAUGUUAAACAGUUUGAUAGACAGAAUAGUGCACCUCACUGACCCCUACCUAUAUCCAUGCUCUAAUCCUGAAAUCUGUGAGUAUGUUAUUUUACAUGGCAAAGGGGAUUUUGCAGAUGUAUCAGGUUAUGGACUCUGAGACAGGGAGAUUAUCCUGGAUUAUCUACAUGGGCCUAGUCUAACAACAGGGGUCCUUAAAAAUUGAAAAGCUUUCCCAGCUGUGGUCAGAAAGAUAUGACUUUGGAAGAAGGAUUAGAAAGCUAUAAAGCUGUUAGCUUUGAAGAUAGAGGAAGGGCCAUGGGUAAAGAAAUGUGGGUGAACUCUAGAAGCUGGAAAAGACAAGGAAAUAUAUUCUUCCUUUGACCUACAGAAGGGCAUACAGACCUGCUGACAUCUUGAUUUUUAGCCAAGUGAUACCUGUUCCUGACUUGACCUACAGAACCAUAAAAUAAUAAGUUUGUGUUGCUUUAAGCUGCAAAAUUUGUGAUAAUUUGUUACAGCAGUGAUAAAAAUAAGUAUAGGGGAAGUAAUCCAACUUUAUGUAUUGGAGGGCUCAGCAUUUUAAAUAUGUCAGUUCCCCUUCAACUGAAUCAAAGAUUUACAUGUGCACAUCAAAAUCCCCAAAAGUUAAUUGUUGUUACUGUUUUUUUGUAGAACUUGACAAGCUGAUUCUAAAUACAUAGAGAAGCGUGAAGGGCCAACAAUAGCCAAGAUGAUAUUAAAGAACAAUAUUAAAGGACUUAUUAUAAAACAAUAUUAAGUCUAUGUGAUAACUACCUAAAGUUAGACAUAUAGACCAAUGGAACAGUAUUGAAUUAAACCCUGUGCCAUACAUGAACAGUAAUUUUAGAUAGAUUAUAAAUCUAACAAAUUUGAAACAUAAAGCAAAGCAUCUGGGGGAGGGUAAAGCUCAGGUGGAAUGUGUGCUUAGCAUGCAUAAGUUCUUGGGUUCAACUCCCAGUACCUCCAUUAAAAUAAAUAACCUAAUCCCCCACCAAAAUAAACAUCUAGAAAAUGAUUUAGGAGAUAUUUUAAUGACUUUGAAGUGGCAAAGAGUUCUUAAACAGGACACAGCACUAAACAUAAAAGAAGAGUUUUAAGUUGGACUUCAGUAAAAUUAAGAAUUAUUUUUAUCAAGAGAUACCAUUAAGAAAGUGAAAAGCUAAGCCACAUGGUGGGAAAAUAUAUUUGCUAUACCUAUAUCCAACAAAAGACUUGUAUCUAGGGCAUAUAAAGAACAAAAACCAGUGGAGAAAAAGCAGAACCUCAAUAUUAAAACGUGCAAAAAAAUUGAACAGGUGCUUCAAAAAAAAAAUCCAAAUAAGCUAUGGAAAGAGGCUGACCUCUUUAGUAAUAAUGGAAAUAUGUACUAAAACCACACUUGGAACACCAUUAGACAUCCACUACAAUAGUUAGUUGUUAAGUGAUAUGAAGCAUUGGUGAGGGCAACAAGCAAUGGGGACUCUUACACAUGGUCAAUGGGAAUAUAAAUUCUUACAAAUACUUUGGAAAUAGGCUUUUUGAAUGAAAGUUAUAUAUGUAUAUGUGUGUAUAUAUAUGUACACACACACACAUACACAUACAUACACGCACACACACCCUAUUACCAAGGGUAACCCAUGUGUGUACCCUUCAGAAACUUCUACAUCUGAGCAACAAAGGACAUCCAGAAAAUUCUCAUAAUCACUAUUUCUUAUAGCCCCAAAUAGAAAAUGACCCAAACACCUGUCAACAAUAAAUACAUAACCAUAAGUGGUGGCACAUGCAUACAAGUUGUAUACUUUAAAGCAAUAAAAAUAAAUAUACUAGUUUACAGAAAACACUAGUGGAUGAAUCUUACAUAAUUUUGAGUGGAAAGUACGGGACCAAAAAUUUCAAAAGCAAAAAAGCCAAUCCAUGGUGGCUGAAUUUAGGAUGGUGAGUCCAUCAAAGGUGUGCCGUAGUAUCUGGGAAAAAUCCCAAAGCGGAACAGCAAUGUUCUGUUUCUUGACUGGAUGAAGGUUACAUAGAUGUGUUUACUUUGUGAAAAAUCACUGAGCUGCAUACUUAAGAUGUGUUCACAUUUAAGCAUGUAUAUUAUAGUUGCAUUUUUUUAAAAAAUGUUAGCUUGCAAAAAAAGAUACCCAAAGCCUAAGUAUUUAUCAGUAGGAGAAUGGAUAAAACAAAUGAUAGUAUAUUCAAACAAUGGAAUACUAUUUAACAAUAAAAAAGAAUCAACUACUGAUACAAGGAUGAACCUCAAAAGCCUAAUUUAUACAUUUCAUUGUCAGGUAAAUUUUAACUCAAAAGGUAAACAAAACUAUAAACAGGCAUGUGCCCUGGGGGAGGGGUGCUGUAGUCUUUGUCUCAUCAGACCUGUGCCAUUACUGGCACAUCUCGCAAGAAGAGAGGCAGAGCUCAGCCACAGCUACCAUCUCCUGUUCAUAGUGCCUGGGCGGGGGCAGGGCUGAGACCUGAAACUGCAUGUGGGCUCUCCACAACCUCCUAGGCAGGACUGAGACUUGUUUAUAGCCCGAGGUAGGGAGGAUCUUUCUAUCCUGACACCUCAGAGAACUUGUGCUGCCAAGAGAAACAAGGAGCUCAGAUUUGGCACAGAGUGUAGGCAGGGCUGUUCCAUGGUCUUCCCCGAGCCCACCUACAGACCGCUUACCUGAGGCAGAGCAGGCAGCUGCACAGAGCAGCAGAGUUCCAGCACCAGGAGAGGGCAGGUGGGCAGCCACCCACCUUCCUGGCAGGAAGACAGCACUUGACCACGGUGCUGGGAUGGGGUGUGAUCUGCCCACCUGCCUCCCCCUGAGCACAGCAUCUGACUGUGGCAUCAGGAGGGGGAGUGAGCUGCCCGCCCACCGGGUAAGAGCUCAGCUCCUGACCUAGUGUUAGGAUGGGGCACAAUCUGCUAGCCAACAGCCACUGAGAGCAGCACAGAUGAGGGCGUCAACAGAAGGCCUAUGAAACAGCAAGCUGAGUUCACGAAGCAGGGCAAAGAAACAAAGACCUGUCAAUAAAAUCAUUAAGGGCACACCAUCUCCAGGUUAAGUACAUAACUGAUACUCCUUAAGCCACGGUGCCAGAGAGAUAUGAGCAAUGUGAAGAAGCAGAGAAACCACUCCCAAUUAAAAGAUCAAGAGAAAUCCCCUGAAAGCAUGAUCAAGGAAAUAGACAUUGAUGGCCUACUAGAUCAAGGUUUCAAAAAAAGAGUGAUCAAAGUACUGAAGGAACUAAAAAAAAUAGGGUUUAGGGAUAUAAAAUAUGUCAAAAAUGAAAUAGAAACUAUAGAGAAGAACCAAGUAGAAUUAGUAAACUCAUUGGCUGAGAUGAGAGCUGACCUAAAGGCUGUGCAAAGCAGACUAGAAAAUACAGAAGAACAAAUAUGUGAUCUAGAAGACAGGACAACAGAAAACACCCAAUCAGAACAGCUGAGAGAAAAACAAAUAAAAAACAAUGAAAACAAUAUACGGGACCUAUGGGGUAAUAUAAAGUGUGCCAAUCUAUGCAUAAUAGGAGUUCCAGAAGGGGAAGAAAGAACAAAGGGGAUUGAAAAGGUAUGGGAAAGACUCAUGACUGAAAACUUCCCAAACCUAAAGAAGGAAUCAUAUCGAAGCACAGGAGGCUCAGAGGGUCCCAAAAAAUAAGAACCCAAACAGACCCACACCAAGGCACAUCCUAAUCAAGAUAGCCAGAGUCAAGGAUAAAGAAAUGAUCCUAAAGGAAGCAAGAGAAAAACAAAAAGUGAGUUACAAGGGAACCCCCAUAAGGUUUUCAGCUGAUAUCUCUACACUGUUUACAACAGCUAAGACAUGGAAACAGCCUAAAAUGUCCUUCAACAGAUGACUGGAUAAAGAUGUGGGAUAUUUAUAUGAUGGGAUACUAUUCAGCCACAAAAACUGACAACAUAAUGCCAUUUGCAGAGACAUGGAUGCUCCUGGAGAAUGUUAUUCUAGGUUGAGCAGAACAGAAAGAGGAAUACCAUAUGAGAUCACUCAUGUGUGGAAUCUUAAAUAUAUGCAAGAUCUUGUGGUAACUCACAGCAAAAAAAAAAAAAUGUGACAAUGAAUAUAUGAACAUUCAUGUAUAACUGAAAAAUUGUGCUCUACAGUGGAAUUUGUCAUAACAUUGUAAAAUGAAUAUUACCUAAUAAAAAGUGUUUAAAAAUAAGUAAAAUAAAAUAUAACCUUUAAAAUACUGUAUAAUGAGAGGUGUGAUAUUCUAGCAUCUGUUCUAAGAAGUACGUUAGACACACAUAAGAAUAGCCAGUGGUCAGAAAGAACACAUGUUAUCAGCUACCACCCCAUGCAAAUUAAUGGCACUUAGUAGAUAUUCAUAUAUGUGUGUACAUAUAUAAAAUAUGUAUUAGUAUAUAUGUAAAUCAAAUAAAAUAAUUAUAUUAUAA